AUGCUCAUCAACGUGACCGUAGCCUUCAAAGAAACUCGUGCCUUUCAUGGAACAGUGCCUGCCAACCUCACCACUGCCUCUGAAGCUGUGGAAGUGACGGCCAUGGACCCGGUGCUAGUCGCCCCUCCACCGCUAUCACUUCCACUACCACUACCAUCGCCACCGCCUCCGCCUCCGCCGCCGCCACCCCCUCCUCCACCUCCACCCCCUUCCUUCGCAUCCUCACCUUUUAGCAGAUCGGACAGCGUGCGUCGGAGUCGGCUAAGGAAGCUGAACUGGGAGCGAAUCCCCAAAGAGAAGGUGGAGGGGAGGAAGAGUGUGUGGAGUGGAGCGGCAACAGGUGAGGAUGAGUUCCCCAUUGAUCUCCAUUCGCUGGAUGAGCUGUUUGGUCAGAAGGACGUGGAGCCGCAGGACAGAACCAGCACCCUGAGGCGCCGCUCUGCUCUGCUGCGGUGCAGAUCCCCACAGGACAACUCAGAGGAGAUCUCGUUGUUGGACCCCAAACGCGGUAUGAACAUUGGAAUAUUUCUCCGCCAGUUCAAGAUGCCUGCUAAAGAGAUAGUGGAGGAUAUCAGGCAGGGUGCUGGCGACCGUUACGGAGCGGAGAAGUUGACAGAACUCUGCAAAUUGCUCCCUGACAGCGAGGAGGAGUCCCGCCUGAAGAGGUUUGGCGGUGAGCGAAGCUUGCUGGGAGAGCCUGAUCUUUUUAUGCUGCUGCUGGUGGAAACUCCAAGUUUUCGGCUCCGUCUUGAUGCCAUGAUUCUGCAACAGGAGUUUGACCCUGCGUUGACCUCUCUGUGUGUGGCAGCCAGAUGUCUGAGGGAGGCGGCCAGAGAACUGCUGAGCUGCCCGGAGUUGCACUCCAUCCUCCGUCUGGUCCUUAAAGCUGGGAACUACAUGAAUGCAGGUGGAUAUGCAGGGAAUGCUGCUGGUUUCCGAAUCGCAUCACUGCUCAAACUGGCUGACACCAAAGCCAACAAACCCGGCAUGAAUCUGCUGCAUUAUGUGGCCAUGGAAGCUGUGAAAAAGGACCAGAGUUUACUGUCAUUUCCCAGCCAACUGGGUCAUGUUGGAUCCGCCUCCAGGUUGUGUGAGGAGUCUGUGUUAGAGGAUCUGUCCAGACUAAAAAGCAGAGUUGUGUCCCUGAAGGACAACAUCCAGAAUGAGGCAGAGAUUCAGCACCACUCCCAGUCUUUUUUGGAGACAGCUGAAGAGCGAUUGAAGGAUGCAGAGAAUGAAGUAGAAGGUAUGAGAAUGUCGAGUCAGGCUCUGGUGGAGUUUUUCUGUGAGGACGACAGCACUUUUAAACUUGAGGAGGCUUGCCGGGUCUUCCACUCGUUUUGUCACCGUUUUCAAAAGGCUGUCCAGGAGAAUGCAGAGCGGGAAUUGAAGGAACAGAAACGUUUGCAACGCCAGCGUGAGAUUGGUGAGAAGCGACGCUCUCUGGCGGUCUGUACAGGGCUGGACCUUGGCGGUCUUGCCACAGAGCCUCAUCACCAGGGGAAGCAGGACGAGUUGGAGAAACUCUUAGAGAAGAACCUGAGCUACAGUUGGAGUCGUCGCAGCCUGAGAAGCUCAGACUCUCGCAGACAAUCGCACCACUUUCCCAGUGAUGCUCAUUCCCACAUUUCAUCUAUAAUAAGUAGCUUCCCUGCGUUGGGCAGUAGCCCGACAUCGAACUCUGACCAAUUUAACCUCUCGUCAGACCAUGAGAACAACAUGGUGCUUUGUAGCUCUCCAGAGAGCACGUGUUCCUCCACUGAUCAAGAACCAGCUUCAAGAGGUAUAAACAAGGCUGAACACAUUCCAACAAGUAGUCAGGGCAGAACAGCAGCUCAGGAGUCGUACAAAGUUGUUAAUUGUUGUAUUUCGAAGCAGGGACGUAGCUUCAUGAUCAAAUCGGAGCCUGAGAGCAUUUCUUACGCAUUACAAAACCAACAGGAACCAAAAGGACUUGGAAAAGAGCACACAGAUUUGAUAAAGAUGGAAUCUUCUCCCAGCUCCUGUGCAGCCUCUGUUGCUACGGAUACACCGGCAUGUGUUAACAGUCACAACUCUAUACACACACCAAGCAUGACCGUAUCGGGCAAUAAUUAUUCUCUUCAAAGUAAAACGUCACGCACAGGCUGUUCUGUCAAUGAGUCUGUACAUGAGACUCUUCAAACCAGUGGAGUAUCUUCGAAUGGUGACACCAGGGCUCAGCGGUUUAGGUACCAGAAAUCUCAGAGCCAGUCGCCGCCAUCUACAGGUAAAAGUGAGGCACAAUCGGCAAUGAGAGCUGUUGGUGCAGGUGCAGGGACGCCUUUCUCAGAAGAGGGAAUAUCAGAGCAGACAGAUUCACUGGAAGCGACUGCGCCUGUGGACAACAGCUGGAUGCCAUCGAGUCUCCCAGAGUUCAGCCAGUCACAACCAGAGGAAUACUCCGACCUGCCUAGUUCCAAGAGGGAGACCGGGAGGUCCUACUCCCGUGUUGGUGAAACACUAGAGUGUCACACUUUAGUGAAAGGCCUGCGAUCCUAUGAACCCUUUUCACCACCAUCUUCUCCACUUCCACGACCCGCACCGAGCCUCUGCUCCAAGUGGAGGAAAGAGAGAAAGGUGGAGAAUCAGGAGCGGACGGGCUCUCCAACAUCAAAGGAAAAUCAAACCAUGAAGAACGCCACGCCAGGUGGAACAGGGCCUAAAAGAGGAACUGUGUCGCGGGCGGCAUCCUCCAGCAGCAGUGGCAUUCCCAGGGUCCAGUCCAAAACAGAGUCCUCAAAUGGGUGCCCAGCCAAUGGAAGCCCAGCUGCAACCAGUCGGCUCUCUGUACCUCGCACAGUAUCAAAACGAUCUUCUCCUGUUAUGCGUCCAGCUAACAUCCAGGCAGAAGUAAAGCGGAGCAAUAGCACGAGAGAAAGAACUGUAAACAAUCCACAGACUCCAGGAAAGCCCAGUGUAGCACGAAGGUCCUCGGAGAGAGCUGUAUCUGAGAGGGUAUCAGGAAGUACGCCGCCAUCAUUUGUCAGAGGGAGUCCUGUUCGUGUCUCCAAACGUCUCGCACCAAACUCGGAGACUCAGGCCUCUUCGCACACUCCUAACAGUCCAUCCUGUGCCACAGCCAAGACGAUACGGACUGCUGUCAUCUCCGCAGCCCGUAAUAAGUCCGCCAAGAGCACAAGCUCCUCUACUGCUGGAUCUAAACUACCAGCUUCUCGUCUACCUGGUCCCAAAAUUCCUCGAGCUACUGCAGGUCAGCCACUGUGGAGGUGAUACAGCCUGUGCUGUGCAGUUUGAUUCAUUGUAUACCUUUAUGUAUUUCCACAUGAAACUCAGAAAAGGUGUGAAUAUAUUGAACUGUUGUCAAUCAUUUUUGCUUUAAGUAUGGUUCUAAAUUAUUACAACAAUAUGGCUCGAAAAGUCUUUGCUUUACAAACAUGGCGUUCAUCCACAGAGGGAGCAGCAGGGAUAUACUCCAUCACUGCUGGUUUGGCCAAAACUAAAAAACAAAAAAAGAUUCACAAACUGACCUCUUUUGCAUUUAUUUGUGUCCUUUGCAGGCAAUAGGACCCUAUGAGACCACACCAUCCAGAUUUAAUGUCAUACGGGAAGUUUUUUAAGACACUGACAUAGUUUAUUUUUAAUUAUUACUUUUUAGGAGGUCUGAAAAUGUGACUAUAUUUCAACGUGGUCGUCUGUGUCACACUUGACUGUUUCACGGUCCUAACUUAACUUGGGUACUUUAUUGAACCCUCUUAUUGAGAGGUCUAAUCAGUCUGAUGCACUUUAAAAAAAAACUGAAGAAGUAUCUGUGAGCAGAGGAUGUCUGUAAUUGUUGUUAAUAUAUCAAAAUAUUAUGUAACUUUAUGGAAAAGCAUUGGUUGUUAUUCAUUGCAUUAUGUGGAUUUGUAAAUUGAAAAGACGAUUAAAGGUGAAAAUAUGUGACU